CGCACAGAGCCGGCGGACAGACGAUAACUUCCUGUAGAAAAGAAGCAAGUUCACUGAGGAGGAGACUAAAAGUGUAGAACAUGCCAUCAUACAAAGUAAAUGUUAAGUGGGGAAAGGAAAAGUUCAGUGAUGUGGACUGUGACACAGAUGAGCCUCCUAUUGUACUCAAGGCUCAGCUGUUUGCUCUAUCAGGUGUCCAGCCAGAGAGACAGAAAGUUAUGAUGAAGGGAGCUGUAUUGAAGGAUGAUGAAUGGGGAAAAGUGAAGCUGAAGGAUGGUGCUACAUUCCUGAUGAUGGGAACAGCUGAGGAGCUGCCCCAGGAGCCAGUAGAGAAGACAGUGUUUAUGGAGGAUAUGAGUGAGGAGCAGCUGGCGACAGCACUUGAGCUUCCUAGUGGUUUAACCAAUCUAGGAAACACCUGCUAUAUGAAUGCUACCAUCCAGUGUCUACGAUCAAUUCCAGAACUCACAGAGGCCCUGAAAAAGUAUAAAGGGGACAUAACCAUGGGUGGAGCCAUUGCUCCUGCUGAUUCCAUUACUGCAGCCAUGAGGGACCUGUGUGUCUCUGUAGAGAAGUCAGGAUCAGCCAUUCCUCCUAUCAUCUUCCUCCAAGUACUACACAUGGCCUACCCUCAAUUUGCUGAAAAGUCAGAACACGGAGGCUAUGCUCAACAGGACGCCAAUGAAUGUUGGACUGAAAUAGUCAGGUGCUUACAACAAAAGGUGAAAAUGCCAGCAAUCGAGGGGGCAGAAGGUGGAGCUAUGUCAGGUGCCUCAUUUAUAGAUAAAUAUAUGGGCAUCGACUCUGAGGUUACCCUGCAGUGUCAAGAGGCAGACGAUGAACCUUCUUCAAAGUCUAUAGAGAAGCUCUACCAGCUUAGCUGCUUCAUAGAGAAAGAGGUGAAAUAUAUGCACAGUGGAUUGCGGAAUAGACUUGAAGAAAGUAUAACUAAGCAUUCCCCAACAUUAGGUAGAGAUGCAGUUUACAAGAAAAGUAGUAAAAUAGGCAGGUUACCUGGUUACCUAGCUAUUCAAUUUGUGCGAUUCUAUUACAAAGAAAAAGACAACAUUAAUGCAAAAAUCUUAAAGGAUGUAAAGUUUCCCCUCAGUCUUGACACAUAUGAACUGUGUACACCAGAACUACAGGAAAGGUUGGCAACAGCUAGAGAUAAGUUUAAGGAAAUGGAGGACAGGGAAGCAGAAAAGAUGCAAAAGGCAAAAGAAGAAGGUAAAGCACUUCCUGUUAAAAAGGAAUCUGAUCAAAGACCAACAGAACCCUAUGAAUUUGAAAAUGAUCCCGGAUCUAACAACAGUGGUUACUAUGAAUUAAAUGCUGUCCUAACACACAAGGGAAGGUCCAGUUCCAGUGGCCAUUAUGUUGCAUGGGUCAAGCGGAAAGAAGAUCAGUGGUUCAUGUACGAUGAUGACCAUGUGACUGCAGUGGCAUCUGAGGACGUGUUAAAACUAUCAGGAGGCGGUGAUUGGCAUUGUGCUUAUGUUCUGCUGUAUGGACCCCGGGUUCUGGUGAAAGAGGAUAAAGUUGAGGAGGAAACACCAAUGGAAUCGUAGUGGAUAAUGAAGAAUUUGGCCAUAUUGGCAGUUACAUAUGUUGUCCAUGAGAAGAGCUGCCUGGACACAAUAGCCAGUAGUUACCUAUGUUGAUGUCGACAAAGUCCCCUAUUCCUAACUCAAACUUCUCCGGAGAAAAUCUACAAAUCCUCAACAAGCUCUGAAUUUGGUAGACAAAAUCGACAAGUUCUGGACUUGGUUGACAAAAAUAACAAGCGCUGGAGUUGGUUGACAAAAUCAACAAGCUUUGGAGUUGGUUGACAAAAUCAACAAGCUCUGGAGUUGGUUGACAAAAUCUACAAGCGCUGGAGUUGGUUGACAAAAUCAACAAGCUUUGGAGUUGGUUGACAAAAUCAACAAGUUCUGGAGUUGGUUGACAAAAUCAACAAGCUCUGGAUUUGGUUGACAAUAUCUACAUGCUCUUGAGUUGGUAGACAAAAUCAACAAGUUCUGGAGUUGGUUGACAAAAUCUACAAGCUCUGGAGUUGGUUGAUAAACUCUACAAGCUCUGGAGUUGGUUGAUAAUCUCUUUGUCUACUUUUCUAUGAAACACCUAUAGGCAUAGGACAGUAUAUACUUCUGUUGCUGGAAGAAAUUGAGUUUAUCAAAGUAUCUACCCUUCUUUGGGGAACAUUAUUUCUUGAAAGAUGUGAUCAGUUGUUUUACAUAACACACAUGGGGACGUUUACAAUCAUUUGUACUAUAAGCUGUUCUGUUUCCCAUAUUGACUUCUUUACAGUCUAUCUAACCAAAUAAGUGCUAUAUGUUAUUCCAAGUGCUAACAUUAUUCCAUAUGUGGAAUAUUGAAAUAUUAGUCAGCAUCCAAUUUAUCUGCUGUUAUUUGUCAAACUUCAAUUUUUGCCAUCCAUGUGUUUAAAAAAAUUUAAACUUGAAUUUCAAAGUGGCUAUAGAUAUUGUCAUCAUCGCAUUAAAACAACUUAGGUGUAUCAGAAUCAUCCUUUGUAAGUAUUGUCGUCGCUUUGGGAACUUAUACAAUGUGUACUCCCCAUGUAAACAAUUAAUGGACCAGGUUGUUACGUGAACUCAUUUGUUAAUUUUCAAAAGCUUGCUCAUGUAAAGAUGACAUGUGGAUGUGAUAAUCAUAUUAAAUAAAUAUGCAUUAAAGAU